CGGCAAAAAAAGCAUGCGCGUGGGGAGCGGCCGGAAACCAUGCCACAGCACGAUAUAUCAAUACACAAAACGCAGAUCAUUAAGUCCAAUGUAUCUCAUCAUCGCAUAUUCCCCAAGAAACAUGGAUUCACCUACUCAUACCUGUCCGUCGGCAUUCCGGUACGAUCCCCGACCUCGAAUUUGUUGAUCUCCAUAGACGAGCCGAAAUGGUGGAGGAGGGGCUGGCUUCAUAUCACAGCAAACGAUCAUUUGCAUCGCACAAGUAAUGAUGAUACCAUCUCUCGAAAAUUGGACGUCUACUUGAAAGAGCGGGCUAUCGAUCCAGAAGAGUUCCCGUAUGUCUAUCUACUAACUUCAGCCCGUUUUCUCAAUUAUAAAUUCAGCCCUGCGUCAUUCUGGUAUCUUUACACAUCGUACCUCGAGUUAAAGUAUGUCAUCGCUGAAGUCAAUAACACAUUUGACGAACGGCGGAUGUAUCUAUUUCCUGCGCCAGAAGCCCCCGGAAAUUUCAAACAAACGGCACUGAAAGAUUUUCACGUCUCUCCAUUCAGCUCACGCAAGGGAUCAUAUGUUCUUACCACCACGGAUCCCCUGAAGAGCAAAAAUAUCUCGGUUACCGUCACACUACGUUCCUCAAAAGAUCACCCCAAAUUGGUAGCACGCUGGUGGUCAACUGCGAUCGUGUUCCAUGCUGUCCUACUAGCCCAGCUGCACAAACUGAGCAUCUGGUAUCGCCCAGAACCGCGGGAGACAGCGGAACCACGACAAGCGACUUCGAACGAAAGGAUUAUCGCAUCAGUUCUCAUGCGCUAUGUGCAAUACCUUCAAGACCAGAGUUUCGAGCACCUUCGUUUUUCGGUGCGACCUAGUAUCCUUCAGCAGCAGCCCGGCCCAUGCGGAGGAUGCGACAUAGGCCAACAGUCCACACUAGAACUCAGGAUUCAUGCGCCGCAGUUCUAUCGACAUGUGAUUACGUAUGGCAAACUGUCGGACUACUUGCGUUACACCCUGCUGCAUCCGUACGAGGAGAAUCGCACAGCAUGGACCAACAAUGCCGACCGUCUCAUCGAAGUUCUAGAAGGCUUGGAACGGACCACGGGAAACCUUCUGCACUACAAACGUCCAACCAGAUCGGUCCCCAAGACCAUGUGGAUUAUUUACGGCUACUUGCGCACCACGAAACCGAUGGCGGGGACCUACCCUGAUCCUGGAUUCCCACAAGCACGCGCUGGGCUUGUCAAACCCUGCGUUUAUGCUCCUCUGCAUCGUGACUUUGUGAUACUCAGAAAGCCAACUGACCACGGCCACAGUGACCACCGAGUUGUUGGGAUGCUCGCCAUUUUGUACAUCAUCUCGUUGAUGGAUCGCCUCAACCUCUCGACAGCCAGUAUAGCCGGACUAAACCAGGAACUCAAACUGCAAGUCGGCACACGGUAUUCAGUCAUCAUCCUCAACUUCUUCGCAGCAUACACCGUCUUCCAGCCCCUUGGCACAGUCCUCACCCGAAAACUCGGGCCCAGAUGGUUUCUCAGCUCCAUUGCACUCGCCUGGGGUAUUGUCAUGAUUGGCAGUGGAUUCGUGCAUUCUUGGCGUGAACUCGCUGGACUGCGCGUUCUAAUCGGUGCUCUCGAAGCCGGGUAUUUCCCCGGGGCAGUCUACUUGCUAAGCACUUGGUACACGCGUUACGAUAUGCAAAAGCGCUAUACCGUAUUCUAUGGCGUCGGCUGCGUAGCGACAGCUUUCUGUGGUAUUCUCGCCUAUGGCCUCAGCCAAAUGAAGGGAUUGGCUGGCCUCGGUGGCUGGAGAUGGAUCUUCAUCAUUCAAGGCAUACUAUCCUGCCUCUGUGCGCUGGCCGGGUACAUCUUCCUUGUCGGAUUUCCAGACGACUCACACAAGGCCUUCCGCUUCUUGAAUGAGGCGGAGCGCGAUUUCGUGAUCCGUCGCGUGAAUCGCGACCGAGCAGAUGCUACUACUGAACCCUUCACUUUUGGCGCCUUCCUGACGCAUGCUGCGGAUUUCAAGAUCUGGGUUUUUGCUUUCAUGUUUUUCUGCGUUACGACUGUUGGUUACUCGAUCAACUACUUCCUUCCUAUCAUUUUUCUCGGCAUGGGCUUCAAUGUCCCCCAAUCACAGUGUCUCAUUGCGCCCCCGUGGGUCUUUACAGGCAUCUACAUGUACGCACAGGCCUGGUACAGCGAUCGUUACCGCCUCCGUGCACCUUUCAUCGCCUUUAAUGCCAUCCUGGCUCUGAUCGGCCUUUCCAUCAUGGGUUUCCACCAUCACAACCCCACACGGUACUUCGGCACCUUCUUUGUGGUUGCCGGCGCUAGUGGCAACACACCUCCUGUGUUGACAUACCAGGCGAACAACAUCCGCGGCCAAUGGAAGCGAGCCUUCUCGAGUGCUUUGGUAGUCGGGUUUGGCGGUAUUGGCGGUAUCGCAGGUGCUCUGGUAUUCCGCAGCCGGGACCUACCAAAGUAUAGGCCGGGCAUGUGGGCCGCGAUUGCAUGCAAUCUUUGCAUUUUGAUUUGUGCAGGUAGCAUGUCAGUGUAUUUCUGGGUUAAAAAUAAACAGGCAAAGCGGGGAAAGGUCAUUUUGGAAGGUUUAGAGGGCUUUCUAUACACACUUUAG